UCCAGCCCCUGGGCUGUUUGCAGAGAGCAGCUAUAAAGAGGCUGACAGAGCACCGAGUGGAGGGGAAUUACAAGGUGCAGGAAAACAGCAGCACUGCUUGGCUCAGCACAACCUGCUCUGCACCAUGGGGAAGGACAAGCUGCCCAGCAAACCAAACAUCUUCCUCCUUCUUCUCUUCUUCCUUCCUGGAAAUACUUCUCUCAACACAGAACCGCAGUACAUGGUGCUGGUGCCCUUUCUGAUCCACACAAAUUCUCAUGAGAAAAUCUGUGUUCAGCUGACCUACCUGAACGAGUCUGUGACCCUGAGUGCCACACUCGAGUACCUAGGGGAGAACAGGAGCUUGAUUGAUGACGUGGUGUCAGAAAAAGACAUGUUCACCUGCAUCCCUUUCUCUCUCCCAAAAUCCAAUAGCACAUCAGUGGCAUUUCUCACUGUGACGGUGACAGGGGACACACUGCACUUCAAGAGCCGCAAGUCAGUGCUGGUCAAGAAUUCUGAAAGCUUGGUCUUCGUCCAGACAGACAAACCCAUCUACAAGCCUGGACAGACAGUUCAGUUUCGGAUCGUCUCUCUGGACAAAGACUUCUACCCGCUGAAUGAGAAGUUUCCCUUUGUCUACGUUCAGGACCCCCAGAGGAACCGUGUGUACCAGUGGCAAGGGGUGGAGCUAGAAACAGGCUUUACACAGCUCUCCUUCCCCCUCACCUCGGAUCCCAUCCAAGGCUUCUACAAAAUAGUUGUGCAGAAGAGCAUCUCGUCCCAUGUGGAGCACUCCUUCAGUGUGGAGGAAUUUGUGCUGCCCAGAUUCGAGGUCCUGGUGAAGGUCCCAAAGAUGAUCACUAUUAAGGACAACGAGCUUCCAGUGUCUGUCUGUGGUCUGUACACCUAUGGGAAGCCCGUUCCUGGUUUGGUGAAUGUCCAAGUAUGCCGGAAAUUUUCUCAGUCUGCUUCAAGUUGUUAUGGAAAAGAAACAGAAUCUGUGUGUGAAGAAUUCACUAGGCGGGCAGAUGCUCGUGGGUGUGUUUCUGGUGUGGUGAGGACCAAGGUGUUUCAGCUCCUACGCAAGGGAUAUGAGAUGAGCAUUGAGGUACAAGGCAAAAUCACAGAAGAUGGCACAGGAAUUGAGAUGACUGGAACAGGCUCCUGUGGUAUCACAUCCACCAUGAGCAAAAUCCACUUUGACCUGUUGGACUAUGCGUACAAACCAGGAAUCCCACUCUUUGGGAUGGUGAAGCUGGUCGAUGGCACUGAUGCUCCACUUGCCAAUGAAACCAUCACAAUUACUGUGGGUGGAAACAAAUACAAAGGGAAUUACACUACAGAUGAGCAGGGACAAUCCUGGUUUUCCAUAGACACUACCAGCUUCACAGAACUCUCCCUGGAAAUCCGAGCAGAGCAUAAACCUGAACUGAACUGUUAUGACAGUGACUGGAUGACACCGUCCUAUGAGCAUACCACGCGCAGAGUGACUCGCUCUUACUCCCUCAGCAAGAGCUUCCUCAAAAUUGAGCCAAAGCCCGAGACACUAAGUUGUGGCUCCUCAGCAGAGGUCCAGGUGCACUAUAUCUUCACACCAGAGGCCAUAGGGGAGCAGAAGAAAAUUGUCAUUUAUUAUUUGGUGAUGGCCAAGGGACAAAUCGAAUUAGCUGACACCCAUGAUCUGACUGUGAAUCCUGGAGAUGCUUCCGGGACAUUCCGGUUGAGCUUCCCUGUCGAGGCAGCAAUUGCUCCCGUGGCACAGAUGCUCGUGUACACCACUUCACCCAGUGGGGAAGUCAUUGCCAGUUCACAGGAUUUCCAGGUUGAAAUGUGCCUCCCCAAUAAAGUGAGAUUGAGUUUUGCACCCAAGGAAGGUCUUCCUGCUUCCAACACACACCUGCAACUCCACACCUCUCCAAGAUCCCUGUGUGCCCUCCGUGCAGUGGACAAGAGUGUUCUCCUUAUGAAGCCUGAAAAUGAGCUUUCUCCCAGCUCUGUGUAUCAACUUCUUCCAUUAAAGGAAAGCCAGGGUUAUAGCUUCAGGGAAUACUACUUGGAAGAAGACAACGUCAAUCCAUGUGUGUCACUUGACAACCUGCCAUUAAAUGGAUUUCUCUACGUACCCAUUUCUUCUGAUGGCGAAGGGGAUGCCUACAACAUUCUCAAAGAAUUGGGCUUAAAAGUCUUCACUAGCAGCAAGAUCCAUAAGCCUGAACUCUGCGAGCAUUACCCAGAACACAUGAUGGAAAGGAGUUACAGUGGUUCUAUCUCUGCAAUGAAUCUGCAUGGAGAAAUGAGUUAUGACAUGGUGGAAGAUAUGGUUGAUGGCAAUCCUAUGGAGACUGUCCGGAAGUACUUCCCUGAGACAUGGAUCUGGGACAUAGUUUCAGUGAACUCUGAGGGAAAAGCUGAUCUAGAAGUGACCAUCCCUGACACCAUCACUGAGUGGAAAGCCAAUGCAUUCUGCACUUCAGCAGACACAGGCUUUGGCCUGUCCCCAACAGUGUCCCUCAGAGCCUUCCAGCCCUUCUUUGUGGAGCUCACCAUGCCCUACUCUGUGGUGCGUGGGGAGUCCUUCAUGCUGAAAGCCACUGUUUUCAACUACCUGCCUGCCUGCAUCAGGGUCAGUGUGUCUCUGGCUGAAUCUACUCAUUUCCUGGCUGUACCAGUGAGGAAACAGGAGGAAUCCUACUGCAUCUGUGUGAAUGAAAGAAAAGCUGUUGCUUGGGCAGUAACGCCAAGAUCUCUAGGGCAGGUGGAGUUCUCAGUGACCACUGAGGCCCUACAGAGCCAACAGCCCUGUGGCAAUGACAUCGUGGAGACCCCUGAGAAAGGGAGGAAGGACACGGUCAUCAGGCAGCUGCUGGUGGAGCCGGAAGGGACUGAAGUGGAAACCACAUACAAUUCUCUGUUCUGUGCAUCUGAAGAGUCAGUGUCGCAGACAGUCUCCUUGGCUCUCCCAGAGACUGUGGUGGAUGGCUCAGCCAGAGCAUAUUUCUCAGUGCUAGGUGACAUCAUGGGCACUGCCAUGCAGAACCUGCACCAGCUCCUCCAGAUGCCCUUUGGCUGUGGGGAGCAGAACAUGGUCCUGUUUGCCCCCAACAUCUACGUCCUGGACUAUCUGAACAAGACAGGGCAGCUGAGUGAGGAGAUCAAAUCCAAGGCCACUGGAUACUUAGUGAGCGGGUAUCAAAGGCAAUUGAAGUACAAACACCGGGAUGGUUCUUAUAGCACCUUUGGGCCACGUUAUGGGCAAGUUGGAAAUACCUGGCUCACAGCCUUUGUCCUCAAGUCCUUUGCCCAGGCCCGGCCUCACAUCUUCAUAGAGGAGAAGCACAUCCAGGAUGCUUUGAUCUGGCUUACUCAGAAGCAGAAGGAGAAUGGCUGUUUCCGCAGUUCUGGGACACUCCUGAACAAUGCCAUGAAGGGUGGAGUGAAUGACGAGGUCACACUGGCAGCCUACAUCACUAUUGCACUGCUGGAGAUUCCUCUGCCUGUAACUCACUCAGUGGUGCGGAAUGCUCUGUUCUGCCUGGAAACAGCAGCAAAUCAGAAGGAAAACCAUGUGUACACCAAGGCACUGCUGGCAUACGCCUUUGCCCUGGCAGGGAACAGGGACCAGCGGAAGGCAUUGCUUGACUCACUUGAAAAGGAAGCUGUGAGAAAGGAUGGCUCUGUUCACUGGCAGCGGCCUGGCAAGGAGCCCGAGGCUGAUCUCCCGUUCCAUCGCUACCGAGCUCCCUCUGCGGAAGUGGAGAUGACGGCCUACGUGCUCCUGGCCCAGCUCACCUCACAGCCAGCCCCUGCCCAGGAGGAGCUGGUUUCUGCCUCCCUCAUUGCAAAGUGGAUCAGCAGCCAGCAGAAUCCCAAUGGAGGCUUCUCCUCCACCCAGGACACAGUGGUGGCUCUCCAAGCCUUGUCCCUUUAUGGAGCUGCCACCUAUGCCAAGAGCGGGGCAGCUUCCAAAGUAGCAAUCCUGCAAUCUGGAGGGGACUUCCAGCAAGACUUCCAAGUGGAUCCCAGCAACCGGCUGCUGCUGCAGCGCGUGCCCCUUCCCCAGGUGCCAGGGGAGUACAGCGUGGAGGUGUCUGGUGAAGGAUGCGUCUACCUGCAGACCAGCCUGAGGUACAACGUGCAGCCCACGCAGGAGGAGGCGCCCUUCCUGCUGCAUGUGCACACAGUCCCAGAGGCCUGCGGGGACUCCAAGGCUCACAAGGUCUUUGACAUUGCCAUAAAUGUCAGUUACACAGGGGAGCGCAAUGUCUCCAACAUGGUGAUUGUUGAUGUGAAGAUGCUGUCAGGAUUUGUCCCCUUGAAGUCCUCAGUGGGGAAGCUCUCAAACACACGGUUUCACCAGAUCCAGCGAACUGAAGUGAACACAAACCACGUUUUGCUGUACAUUGAGCAGCUGGGCAGGGAGAGCCUCAGCUUCUCCUUCACGGUGGAGCGGGACAUCCCCGUGCGGGGCCUGAAGCCAGCCCAGGUGAAGGUCUAUGACUACUACGAGACAGAUGAGUUUGCCACACAGGAAUACAGUGCUCCCUGUGCCACAGAGGAAGCAGACCAGAGAAAUGACUGAAGAACACUCCCAGAUGCUGGAACCUGCCUGCCUCACCACCACCACAGCAUGACAUUAAUAAUGCCUGCAUGGAAUGGAAAGUUAACUUUACAAAUAAAUUAACUGUACUCACCAAUGAUUUUUGAACAAUUUGUUCCCCGUUCUGAUUUUUUCUGUUCAUCUUUCAGUCACAGCUUUAAUCUCCCUUGCUUCUUAGGUUAAAAAGAGUAACCCAUCUAACAAUGCCUGUGUGCAGGGAAAUAAGGCAAACAAGUGAGCGGGGGGAAAAGAAGACAGAAUUAUCUAAGUGGGGGUCAGCCUUUCUAAUGUAUCUGUCUCUGUGUUAUGUUCUCUGAACUUAUCAUCUGAGAUGGAGUCUAAUCAAUGGAGAAGGAUAAGUAGUUCUUGGGAACCACUUCUCUCCCCUGGCUUACAAACCACAUCCUCCAUUGAAUUGGUCCCUGCAGAGGCCUGUCCAUGUCUCCCACCAUUAGGCAGCCUGGAAGAUCAACUAAUGUUACAUGAAAUUCAGCCUCUGCAACCUUCCCUGUAGACACCCCUCCUGGGAUGGUUUCUCGUUUGUAGAAGAGUGGGAGGAGACAGAGUCUGCCCUCUUCAAUGAUUAGAGAGUGCCAGGGGGGCAGGGGGGAUGUGUGUAAGCAUCAUGCCUUCAGCUGCUGCCUUACAAUGCCUUGGUCUCCAGUUGAAGAUUGAGCCUUCUAGUGGAAGUUUCCAUUAUCUCAUGUGUGCUGCUUCUGGAAGAUUCCCAAGAAGAAGCUAAUGGCAUUUGCCACUAACCUAUUUGCCUAUGUCUAGUUUAAAUGGUACAUUCAUUUAAAUCACAUAGCUGCUUUGAUGAAACUGUCUACAGGCCUCUUAGACACCCUCAGGAAUGAUCCCCCUUUCUUUACUUUGUCUCAUGAAAUUGUGGUUUUAACUUCUGAAUGCAAAAAAUCUUAUAUGCCUGUUUAUUCUCAUGAAAUGCUAACUGUUAGGUAUCAUGGCAUGUUGUGCAUCCAAAGUAUGCUCAGUUGGCUGUUUCAUCCAAUUUUUGGUUUAGUGUACCUGCACAAACAGUGUCAUUGAGAACAAAUAAAAUUCUUCAUCCAUUUUGCUAGAUAUUAA